AAAAUAUUAGUCUGCACACUUUCAUAAUUUAAAAUGAACAUUUUAUUUAUUUUUUUAUUUUUUGUGGCCAUCUUUGAUAAAAUAACAUUUUCCAUUCAGUUCGUUUGUCCUGAAAAAAAUGGGACUUUUGCAAAUCCCGAAGAUUGUCGAGCUCUUUUUAUGUGUACCAAUGGAUUAGCAAAACAUCGUUGGUGUUCUGCGGGACUUCUAUUUAAUUCUCUGACUUUUAAUUGUGAUUGGCCUUCUAAUGCGAUUUGUUCCACAGUUGUCAAUUAUGCGAGGUCUCCGGUAUACGAGUUUGCUACACCCACCGAUGACUUUGUGUGUCCGGAUAAGAAUUGCGCCUGUUGUAUAUAUCCCGGAGAAAACUGUGUAACAUAUUACAGGUGUAAUUAUGGGAAUCCAUAUAAAGAAAUUUGUUCUGAAGGUCUCUUACUAAAUCCUAAUACUUUGCUUUGCGAUUUUAAAGAAAACGUCAGAUGCGAUAUAACAACUAAAGAAACUUCCCUGUCUACUGAAUGGAGACCCGAAAACAUCACUAAAAAAGAUACUCCAGAAGUAAAACCCAUUACAAAUAUAAUAACAACGGAAAGUACAGAUUUCGAAGUAGAAGAAAGUACUGUUUCUAGUGUAGGAACAAUUUCUUCAGAAAAUACGAAUGAAAAUACAAUUCCUAAAAACACUGACGAAAUAAAUUCUACGACACAAAAAUUAGUAACUGAAGAAACACCAAGUACAACAAUAUCGUAUCCAAAUAAAUUCAUAUGUCCAGAAUCUUCUGGAUUGUUUCCCGAUACAAACGAUUGUAACAGAUUCUACCAUUGUUCUCACGGUAUUCCUCAUCACAAAUGGUGUCCAGAGAAUUUACAUUUUAAUCCAUCUUUGUUAAUAUGUGACUGGCCAAAAGAUGCAGGCUGUGGUGAUGUAGUACCGAAGCCGAAACCACCUCCGAAAGUAAAUGGAACUUGUGACUGCGACUGCUGUUUUUAUCCUGUUCCAAACGAUUGUACGGCUUAUUAUUUAUGUUUAAAUUUCACAAAGUACAAAAUGCAUUGCGGAAAAGGAUUACAUUUCAAUCCAAUGAUCGAAAAUUGUGAUUUUAAAGAAAGAGUAAAUUGUUCUAAAGAUUCUCACUGCCCGUAUCCGAACGGAAGAUUCCCUCACGUCGAAUCUUGCAGCUAUUAUAUUGAAUGCAUAAAUUGGCAUCCAACAAUUAAAAAAUGUCCCGUAGGCCUUCAAUUCGAUUCCGAAAAGCAAAGAUGCGGAUGGCCUGGAACAUGCAAUAAACGUCCAAUUAUUCCGGAUAAAACACCUCAAGAUGGAGACUGCGAUUGCGAAUUUUGUUUAAUUCAAGACAAAAAUGAUUGUUCUUCUUAUAUAAAAUGUAUUAAUUAUAAAUCUACUCGCGAAAGCUGCCCGGAUGGACUUCUAUUUAAUCCAGAUAUUCAAGAUUGUGAUUACAGUCAAAACGUAAAAUGCGGAACAAGUGAACCGAUUUGUCCUUCCGAUGGUCUUUAUCCUCAUCCAGAAAACUGCAAUUCAUUUAUACACUGUGUAAACGGUAUUCCACAUAAUAAAACGUGCUCUGGAAUUUUACAUUUCAAUCCUAGUUUAAAAGUUUGCGAUUGGCCCUGGUCUGCUGGUUGCAAUAAGACUGAACAUCCUCCCUCGAGUAAUCAGACUGUAAAAUGUGAUUGCGAGUAUUGCACGAUUGCAGAUAAAAACGACUGUACUUCUUACACUGUUUGCAUUAAUUAUAUAGGAAAAAAGUUUAAAUGUUCUACCGGCCUUCUUUUUAAUCCAUUAACACUGACGUGCGAUCUGGCCGAAAGUGUAAUAUGUCCAUCUUCAAAUAAAUCUGACCAAUGUUUGGAUAGUAAUUCCUUGCAGCCACAUCCCACCGAUUGCAGUUUAUUCAUUCAUUGCUCUAAUUGGUACCCGCAUGUUAAACAAUGUUCUGCCGGACUCCAUUUUAAUCCAAAGAGAAAAAUUUGUGAUUGGCCGAAAAGUGCCGGAUGCGAAGAAUGGAUUCCCGAUGAUGAUGAUACGACUUCAGACGAUACAACUUCAGAUAUACCUUGCGAUAUCUGCGAAGGGUGUUUAUUGCCGGAUCCGAAAGAUUGCGCUUCGUACAUUUAUUGUACGAAAGGAAAUGCUCAACACAAGACAUGCCAAUCCGGUUUGUACUUUAACAUCAGUACAGAAAAAUGCGAUCUUGCAGAAAAUGUCGAUUGCGGAGAAAGACCAGAAGGCAAUUGUCCGAAACAUAAUGGAUUAUUUCCACACAAAAAUUGUAAUAAAUUCGUUCACUGUUCGAACUGGAUGCCUUACGUGAAAGACUGUCCGGCAGGAUUACAUUAUAAUCCAAAAUUAAAAGUUUGCGAUUGGCCCGAUAAUGCCGGAUGCGGCAAGGAACCAGACGAAACACCUGACGUACCAAUCGGUGAAUGCAAUUGCGAUUGUUGCUUUACCCCAGAUCCCAAUGACUGUCAAAAGUAUUUCUUAUGCUUGGACGAAAAACUUUAUCACCAUGAAUGUGGAGAGGGAUUACAUUUUAAUAAAGUCAUUGAAAACUGUGAUUAUCCGGAAAAUGUAAAUUGUUCUAUCACCACAACCACCACGCAAAAAUUUAUCCCGGAAUGUGAUCUACCCAAUGGUCUAUAUCCUAACAAAGAAGACUGUGGGUCCUUUAUCGAAUGCAUAAAUGGAUUAAAGAACGUUUACGUUUGUCCAAACGAUUUUCAUUUUAGUGCCGCACUUAAAGCGUGUAUAAAGCCGUGUGAAGCGAAGUGUAAUCUGAGUUUAGAUUGUACAAUAAAUGCUACAACGCCCACUAUGCCGCCCACUACCACGGGUUCAACCACAACACAGCAAGUAUGCGAGCUCCCCGAUGGAGUAUAUCCAAACGAAGAGGAUUGCGCGAGUUUCAUUCAGUGUGCUAACGGUUUCAAGUUCGUGCACUAUUGUCCAAAAGGAAUGCAUUUCAGUGCAAAGUCAUUAACGUGCACGACUCCGGUCGAAGCUGAGUGUGAUCCCAGUAUCACUCCCACGCCCACUAUGCCACCCACUGCCACGGGCUCAACCACAACACAGCAAGUAUGCGAGCUUCCCGAUGGCGUGUAUCCAAACGAAGAGGAUUGCGCGAGUUUCAUUCAGUGUGCUAACGGUUUCAAGUUCGUUCACUAUUGUCCAGAAGGAUUACAUUUCAGUGCAGCAAACAAAAGCUGUGUUCAUCCAUGUGAUGCUCAAUGUGAUUUAAAUAUCGUUUGCGAUACAACAACAACAUCUACAACAGUUACUGCCUGCGAUCUGCCGGAUGGACUAUAUCCCAUUGAAAAUAACUGCGAAAGUUUCAUACAAGCUGUAAAUGGUCACAAAUAUGAGUACAAAUGCCCAGACGGAAAACAUUUCAGUGCAAAACUCAAAUACUGUGUGACUCCAUGCGAAGCAGAAUGUGAUCCAACCAUCGUCUGUACAACAACGACGACGACAACGCCUCUGCCGGUAUGCGAUUUACCCGAUGGCUUAUAUCCCAACGAAAACGAUUGCGGCAGUUUCAUACAAUGCCAAAACGGUUUCAAAUACGAGCAUAAAUGUGCCGAAGGACUACACUUUAGCGAAAAACUGAAGGAAUGUAAAUAUCCUUGCGAAGCACAGUGUGAUCCAACCAUCGUCUGUACAACAACGACGACGACAACGCCUCUGCCGGUAUGCGAUUUACCCGAUGGCUUAUAUCCCAACGAGAACGAUUGCGGCAGUUUCAUACAAUGCCAAAACGGUUUCAAAUACGAGCAUAAAUGUGCCGAAGGACUACACUUUAGCGAAAAACUGAAGGAAUGUAAAUAUCCUUGCGAAGCACAGUGUGAUCCAACCAUCGUCUGUACAACAACGACGACGACAACGCCUCUGCCGGUAUGCGAUUUACCCGAUGGCUUAUAUCCCAACGAGAACGAUUGCGGCAGUUUCAUACAAUGCCAAAACGGUUUCAAAUACGAGCAUAAAUGUGCCGAAGGACUACACUUUAGCGAAAAACUGAAGGAAUGUAAAUAUCCUUGCGAAGCACAGUGUGAUCCAACCAUCGUCUGUACAACAACGACGACGACAACGCCUCUGCCGGUAUGCGAUUUACCCGAUGGCUUAUAUCCCAACGAGAACGAUUGCGGCAGUUUCAUACAAUGCCAAAACGGUUUCAAAUACGAGCAUAAAUGUGCCGAAGGACUACACUUUAGCGAAAAACUGAAGGAAUGUAAAUAUCCUUGCGAAGCACAGUGUGAUCCAACCAUCGUCUGUACAACAACGACGACGACAACGCCUCUGCCGGUAUGCGAUUUACCCGAUGGCUUAUAUCCCAACGAGAACGAUUGCGGCAGUUUCAUACAAUGCCAAAACGGUUUCAAAUACGAGCAUAAAUGUGCCGAAGGACUACACUUUAGCGAAAAACUGAAGGAAUGUAAAUAUCCUUGCGAAGCACAGUGUGAUCCAACCAUCGUCUGUACAACAACGACGACGACAACGCCUCUGCCGGUAUGCGAUUUACCCGAUGGCUUAUAUCCCAACGAGAACGAUUGCGGCAGUUUCAUACAAUGCCAAAACGGUUUCAAAUACGAGCAUAAAUGUGCCGAAGGACUACACUUUAGCGAAAAACUGAAGGAAUGUAAAUAUCCUUGCGAAGCACAGUGUGAUCCAACCAUCGUCUGUACAACAACGACGACGACAACGCCUCUGCCGGUAUGCGAUUUACCCGAUGGCUUAUAUCCCAACGAGAACGAUUGCGGCAGUUUCAUACAAUGCCAAAACGGUUUCAAAUACGAGCAUAAAUGUGCCGAAGGACUACACUUUAGCGAAAAACUGAAGGAAUGUAAAUAUCCUUGCGAAGCACAGUGUGAUCCAACCAUCGUCUGUACAACAACGACGACGACAACGCCUCUGCCGGUAUGCGAUUUACCCGAUGGCUUAUAUCCCAACGAGAACGAUUGCGGCAGUUUCAUACAAUGCCAAAACGGUUUCAAAUACGAGCAUAAAUGUGCCGAAGGACUACACUUUAGCGAAAAACUGAAGGAAUGUAAAUAUCCUUGCGAAGCACAGUGUGAUCCAACCAUCGUCUGUACAACAACGACGACGACAACGCCUCUGCCGGUAUGCGAUUUACCCGAUGGCUUAUAUCCCAACGAGAACGAUUGCGGCAGUUUCAUACAAUGCCAAAACGGUUUCAAAUACGAGCAUAAAUGUGCCGAAGGACUACACUUUAGCGAAAAACUGAAGGAAUGUAAAUAUCCUUGCGAAGCACAGUGUGAUCCAACCAUCGUCUGUACAACAACGACGACGACAACGCCUCUGCCGGUAUGCGAUUUACCCGAUGGCUUAUAUCCCAACGAGAACGAUUGCGGCAGUUUCAUACAAUGCCAAAACGGUUUCAAAUACGAGCAUAAAUGUGCCGAAGGACUACACUUUAGCGAAAAACUGAAGGAAUGUAAAUAUCCUUGCGAAGCACAGUGUGAUCCAACCAUCGUCUGUACAACAACGACGACGACAACGCCUCUGCCGGUAUGCGAUUUACCCGAUGGCUUAUAUCCCAACGAGAACGAUUGCGGCAGUUUCAUACAAUGCCAAAACGGUUUCAAAUACGAGCAUAAAUGUGCCGAAGGACUACACUUUAGCGAAAAACUGAAGGAAUGUAAAUAUCCUUGCGAAGCACAGUGUGAUCCAACCAUCGUCUGUACAACAACGACGACGACAACGCCUCUGCCGGUAUGCGAUUUACCCGAUGGCUUAUAUCCCAACGAGAACGAUUGCGGCAGUUUCAUACAAUGCCAAAACGGUUUCAAAUACGAGCAUAAAUGUGCCGAAGGACUACACUUUAGCGAAAAACUGAAGGAAUGUAAAUAUCCUUGCGAAGCACAGUGUGAUCCAACCAUCGUCUGUACAACAACGACGACGACAACGCCUCUGCCGGUAUGCGAUUUACCCGAUGGCUUAUAUCCCAACGAGAACGAUUGCGGCAGUUUCAUACAAUGCCAAAACGGUUUCAAAUACGAGCAUAAAUGUGCCGAAGGACUACACUUUAGCGAAAAACUGAAGGAAUGUAAAUAUCCUUGCGAAGCACAGUGUGAUCCAACCAUCGUCUGUACAACAACGACGACGACAACGCCUCUGCCGGUAUGCGAUUUACCCGAUGGCUUAUAUCCCAACGAGAACGAUUGCGGCAGUUUUUUUCAAUGUGUUAAUGGAUAUGAGUAUAUUCAACCGUGUCCGCUUGAACUGCAUUUUAACGCUGUUACAAAGCGAUGUGAAUGGCCUUGUGAUGCUUCUUGUGAUAAAUCAUUAGUUUGCCCAACUAAUUUUCCACCCGCUCCGUGUACCUGUACGUCUUGUUUGAUCGUGGAUCCGAACGAUUGCUCUUCAUAUUAUAUUUGUGAAAACAAUACUUCGAUAAAAGUGAAAUGCAAAAGUGGUUAUCUUUUUGAUCAGAAUAUUGAAAAAUGUCGAAACGAAUCGGAAGUGGAUUGCCCUCACAUAGCUGAUCCGUCUGUGUGUUUGGAACCCAACGGACUGUUUCCCCUUCCUUCCGAUUGCCAUAAAUUUAUACACUGUUCUCACGGAAUUGCAUAUAUUAAAGACUGUCCUGCUAAUCUUGAAUUCGAUGCAGACCAAGAAAUUUGCUCAUUGCCGACAGGAAAAUGUGGUGAAAUAAUAAAAGAUCCAAUUUGUAAUGAGUCAACGGGUUUGUUUCCUGAUCCGAACAAUUGCUCGUCUUUCAUUCACUGUGAUCACGGAAAGGCACAUCGUAAAAAUUGUCCGAAUCCGCUAAAUUUUAAUCCCGAACUCGAAGUUUGUGACUGGCCAUGGAACACCAACUGCGAAAAAGAGCCUGGAACUCACAAUCGUACCUGUGACGUUACUCCUGGAAUCAAAUGUCCUCCCUGCGCAUGUAGGGUGCCAAAUUAUAAAGACUGCACUUCAUUUUAUCAAUGUUUGGAAGACGGUACGGCGUGCAAAAAGUUUUGCUCUCCCGGUCUGUAUUAUAAUAAAGAAAAAAUGACAUGUGAUUUCUUAGAAAACACGGACUGCCAAGUUACUACAACAAUUACUCCGACGCCAACUCCAACAAUUCGUCCUGUAAAUUGGACUUGUCCAUCUGAAUCUGGAUUUUUCCCAAAUCUAGACGACUGUAGUAGUUUCUACCAUUGUUCACACUGGAUUCCUUCUCUGAAACGAUGUCCAUUGUCAUUAGUUUUCAACCCCAUUCUGAAAGUUUGCGAUUGGCCGGAAAAUGUUGACGAUUGUGGUAAGCCUGUUGUUCCACCUUUAGUUCCGUGUGAAGAAGAUCCUUUCAUAACUUGUCCACCUGACGUAUGCCGUAUUCCAAAUCCUAAUGACUGCAACUCGUUUUACAGUUGCAUUGACAACAAAGCUUGUUUGAGAAAAUGUCCUGUUGGACUGUACUAUAAUCCGGAAAAGAUGACUUGUGAUCACCCAACUAAUGUCGAUUGUAAAGUUACAACUGUUCCACCUACAAUCGAAACAGUGACAGAAUCCACUACAACCGAGAAAGAAACCGAACUUACUACAACUAAAAAGGUAACUGAACCAACCACAACUGAAAAAGAAACAGAACCAACCACAACUGAAAAAGAAACUGAACCAACAACAACUGAGAAAGAAACUGAACCAACCACAACUGAGAAAGAAACAGAACCAACAACAACUGAGAAAGAAACAGAACCAACCACAACUGAGAAAGAAACUGAACCAACGACAACCGAGAAAAAAACUGAACCAACGACAACCGAGAAAGAAACUGAACCAACGACAACCGAGAAAGAAACUGAACCAACCACAACCGAAAAAGAAACUGAACCAACGACAACCGAGAAAAAAACUGAACCAACGACAACCGAGAAAGAAACUGAACCAACGACAACCGAGAAAGAAACUGAACCAACCACAACCGAAAAAGAAACUGAACUAACGACAACCGAGAAAGAAACUGAACCAACGACAACCGAGAAAGAAACUGAACCAACCACAACCGAGAAAGAAACUGAACCAACCACAACCGAGAAAGAAACUGAACCAACCACAACCGAAAAAGAAACUGAAACAACCGAGAAAGAAACUGAACCAACCACAACCGAAAAAGAAACUGAACCAACGACAACCGAGAAAAAAACUGAACCAACCACAACUGAAAAAGAAACUGAACCAACAACAACCGAGAAAGAAACUGAACCAACCACAACUGAAAAAGAAACUGAACCAACAACAACUGAGAAACAAACUGAACCAACAACAACUUUAAGGAACAGUAAUGAGACUACAACUUUGAUCACAGAGAUAACAACUGCAGAACCUAUAAUCACUACAGAAAAACCAAUUUGUCCAAGUGAAUGUAACUGCAGAAUCCCAGAUAAAAAUAACUGCGCCGCCUAUUACCAAUGUUAUAAAGGUUUUCCUCCAUUGAAACGACUCUGUCCUCCCGGAUUGUUCUUCAAUAAGUCAAAGUUUACGUGUGAUCUUAGGAAAAAUGUCGAUUGUUAGUUUUUAAAUAUUGUU